UCUAAGUAUAUGAUUCCAAUUGGUUCCAAUGGAUGUCCCGUUCGACUAAGGUUCGACUUGGCAAACUAACCGGAUUGCAAUAGCUGUGAACCUUUGUGAGAGUCGCAGUUAGAAUUGUGUUGAUAGAAGUCAGGCAUAGCAGAGUUUUCGUGUGAAAUUUUAGGGCUUAAUGCUAUAUUAUUGUGGAGUUUCAGAUUGAUUUUCCUGGAUGUGGAAGGACCCUUAGUGUUUGGUGAUGUAGGGCUUCCACCAAUUAGUGUCUCCCCAUCGACAAUUCUGGUGGUAAAGUUGGGCAAAAAUUGUCUUGUUGUUGUUGCUUCUCGCAACAAAGUCAGACGAAGCAGGGCCACAAGAUAGAACAGAAGAGAAACGUAGUUAAUUUGCGUAUCGGGAGGAAUACGUGAAAAUUCAGGUGUCCAGUGGAGCUCUGGGAAGUGAAUUGGUGAACAAUUGCUCAACAAAGGGGCCACCGUACAAUAAACUGGUGGGAAAAACGGUUAGUUUUUGGGGGGCAGAGGAGUAUUUAUGUGAGGAAACAAGAAAGAAGUUCAGAAAGGCUUGUAAAUAGAGUGAAGUGACAAAAAAAGGAAGACUUUUUUGUGACGCGACAUGAAACUCUAGUUAUUUGGGCCCCCCUUCAAGGGGCCCCCCAAAACAGGAGUUGCAUCAGUUGAUUGCAUUGCACCAUCUACUACAGAAAUUGCAGUAGACGAAAGGAAAAGAAGCAGCACGAGUAAGAUAGAGAAGAAUGGAUCAAAUCUUCUACUCGCCCCUCAAUGGUGUUCCAUCUGAGAGUAAAUUGGCAACUUAUAUGAGUCGACAAAAUGUCACAACGCCAACAUAUGGAUUGACAUCGGGUUUAACGAAACUGUCUCUGGAAUCGCCAAUUUCAACAAAAAAGACUCAGGUAACACCCCAAUCUCCUGAAUUCAUUCCACGUCUCAAUUCAUCACCGAGCUUCUACUCUCCGUAUUCAUCUGUGAUCGCUAAUGGGAGCGGUGGAUCAAGUGGGGGAGUCGUGGUGCCACCGAUUGUGGCUAAGCCAACAUCUGUGUUAGGGGCAUCGUGCCCUUCCACCGUGUACAAUGCUGUGACACCUAUCAAGAGUCGUAACUUGAUCCGAGGUGACUCUCCACAGAGUACAAAUGACUCACCACGACUCACCCCACAACCCUCACCACCACCAACAACUGCGAUCCAUCAGGAGAAUGUUGGUGGUACAACGUAUUUCUAUCCAGCUGCAGCCGCCGUGGCUGCCGCACAAACAACCACAAGUCAAGCUUGCAGUUCCACAAGUUCAGACACCAAUGGACGAUACGGACAUCAUAACAGUGCUCAAAUGAGCCUGUCCUACUCACAUCCGGGCCAUGUGUACCCUGGACCAGCGUCCAGUGUACUCAGUUUACAGCCCAAGACCCUCCUAUCGUCGGCAUUUUUUAUGCCGGCAGAGAUGCGAAGCAGUAUUCAGGCUAGAAAUGCCAUCAGUAAUACCAUGGAUACUGGUGGUAUUGAACUACCACUCGAAGUUGACAAUUACCACGGAUUAUGUCCGUUGGAAGCAAUGGCGGUCAAUCUGAAACUCCCGGUGCCCGCGUCGUCCUACAAAGCCACCCACAGCAAUACAGGUGUCAAAUAUUUCUUGCGUCGAAUUCAUGGUUUCCGUCUGCAAUCCACAAAAUGUAUGAGUGUGGUGGAAAUGUGGAAAAAACUGCAACAUUCUAAUGUGGUCCAAUUGCGAGAAGUAUUUACGACAAAGGCAUUUGGAGAUCAUUCUCUUGUGCUGGUCUAUGACUACCAUCCUGGUUCUCAGACACUCCUUUCUAAGUAUUUUACACCAACCGUCGAGACGAAUGGAUAUACAGAUCCAUUUUCGGGUGAAGCGCGUCCUUUCAGUCACAAGAGCUCUCUCCAGAGGACCGUCAAUGGUCCAAUGUUGGCAGAAAAUGAAAUUUGGUUCAUAAUUAUGCAACUAACAGCAGGUCUCCGUGCAAUACAUCAGUCAGGUUUAGCAUGCAGAACGCUAGAUCCUACAAAAAUCAUCAUUACGGGGAGACGAGUGAGAUUUAGUUGUUUAGGCAUUUCCGAUAUAGUUUCAUUCGAUCCGAAUCAAGCCAAUCAAUUAGCAGUCAUUUCACACUAUCAACAGGAGGACUUAACAUCUCUGGGUAAGUUAGUUUUAGCACUAGCUUGCCGUUGUCUUCAUUCGAUACACCGUGAUCAGGUUCAGGCAAGCAUCGAAUUGGUGGCCAGACACUAUUCAAGUGAUUUGAGAAAUUUAAUUUUGUACCUACUGACAACGACAAAUCGACGUGCCGUCUCGGACUUGAUGCCAAUGAUUGGUGCACGCUUCUACAUUCAACUUGACGCCCUCCAGACGCAGUGUGAUAUGCAAGACGACGAAUUGGCCAAGGAAAUGGAAAAUGGGAGACUCUACAGGCUACUUGUAAAAUUAGGAUGCAUCAAUGAACGUCCAGAACUCAAUAUGGAUGUGACUUGGUCAGAAACUGGAGAUCGUUACAUGUUGAAACUCUUCCGCGAUUAUUUAUUUCACUCUGUGAGUGAAGAUGGACGACCCUGGUUAGAUCAUGCACACAUUGUCCAAUGUCUCAAUAAACUCGAUGCUGGGACAAUGGAGAGGGUACAAUUGAUGUCUAGAGAUGAACAAUCAGUCCUCGUGGUAACAUAUGCUGAGCUCAAGCAUUGCCUUGAACAGGCAUUUGGUGAAUUGGCCGCCAGCGUGUGAAUGCUAACAUUUGAUUCCUCCGAGAAAUGAACUUCUUGAAAUACUGAAGACAUGCAGCUAAUUUUUUGUGAGACAGAGAGAGAAAGAGAGCGCGAUUUAAACUUAUAUGGUUAACAGAGUACUUGAAGAUGAAAGUGAAAUAAUAGUGUUGGUAUAAUUUAUUUUUUUAAAAAACAAUGGAAAGAUACACCUAAUUAUUUAAAAAAAAAAACAUGUAAGAGACAAAAGAAAACGCCAAUUUUUCUGAAAUAUGUGAAUGAAAAUCCCGGAAAAGUAUUUCGCGGAUUGUUGCGAAAUUUACAAUAAUAUGCAGCAAGAAAUUGUGAAUUUUUUUCAACACAUUUUUGUACACAAUCAUUGUUCUUUUUUUGUGAUGAUAGAAUGUCUUUCAUGCGUCUAUUUUUUAAAGAUCACUUUCUAUUUUUUUUCUUUCUGAUGAAACUAAAAUUUUCAGUUCUUUUUUUAGAUGAGUUAUUUUUUUUUUUAGAAUUAUGUGCACUCAAUAUGAAUUUUUCUUCUUUCCAACAUUUAAAAAUGUAUAAUAAUUUUUUUGUGAUGCAAAUGUAAGAGAAGGUUAGAUGGAGUUUGAUAGAAAGUUAAGAAUUUGUUCUUUUGUAAAAUUUUCAUUUAUUUUUUUGGUCAGAAAUAGAAAGAACUUUGAGAAUUUUUAA